AUGCUUAUAAUCUUACAGGAAAAAUCGGAAUUUAAUAUAACUUUUCAGAGUAUUCAAACUUUUAUAAAGCAAAUUAUAAUAAUGGUAUACUCUAAGUAUUAACAAUAAAUUAUAAACGAUUAAUGUAAUAAUAUUCUUAUUAAUCAUUUUAUUUUUGGAUAUUUGACAAUAAAAUUUAUUUGGAUUAAAUAUUUAAUUCAAGUAACCUUUGCAAUAAUUCAUAUUUGGAAUUUGUUUAUCUCAGCAUGUCUACAAAUUACACAACUUAACCUUGUUAAAUAUUUGGAUUUACAUCCUUAUAAAACAAUGGUAUAUAUAACCCCAUAUUUUAAUACAGGUAUUUCUACAUAAAUUAGUAAAUAAUUUGGUUUUUAAUCCAACUAAUAUGCUUAAAUUUUAACAUCUUUUUUUCAAUUAAAACCUGAAAUUUACAUCAAACUUUACACCUAUACUUCAAAUUUUUAUCUGAUAUACAAUAGUAUUAAAAAAUUCAAAACUUAUAGCCAAAGAUUUUGUAGUUGA